GAGAGGGGAGGGGAGCGGAGAGAGGAGUGACUACUGAUGCUCCAGUAAUCUGCACUGUGUGAGUCAGUGCUGUGGAGAGCAAAGCAGCAGCAGCGGCAGCGGCAGCGUGAGACACGUUCCUCUCUCACGAGCGUCAACAAUGCACAAGUGGAGGAUGGGAGAGCUGAGCUGCUAAGCAAGAGGAGGAAGUGAGCAAGCCAUAUAGAAAGCAAGACGGGGCAGAGCUGACGUUAGGAGGGAGAGAGGCCAGAAGACAUAAGGACAGCUUGUUUUCCAGUUUUGAGUCCCCUUUUUGCAGAGGAGGACUGUGGAGGAUCAGUGAACCUGAUUGACAGCAGUGACGAUCUGAACUAAUCCAGAGGAAGAGGAAGUUUACCGUUACAUUUCGGAGGUGGCAGCAGGUUUAAGACCCGACGUGGUGCAGGGAUGUCCUGGUUGUCUCCGGUCCAGUGGGCCAAAUGGACAUGGUCAGCAGUGACCGGGGGCGUGGGGGACGAGGGGCAGCCCACAUCCAAGGAUGAAGGAGAGAACAAUUCCGACUCUGAAGGGACCUUCGAGACUCCAGAAGCAGAGUCUCCAGGUGUUGUGAAGCUACUGAGCCAACUGGACAACUCCAACCACACAGUUCUUCCUGAUGUUACAAACCUUGUUCUGGACAAGAACUUCAACCAGGACAUGAGCCCAGUUCCAUCCCAAGAGGUCAAUUCCCUGAACAACCUCACCCGCUCCUCAGCUAACGACAACAGCUUUGGUUUGGACCAGAACCUCAACCUGACCCUCGGUAACAAACCCAGUCCUGGCUUCCUCCCCCAGCCUCAAGCCCUCCGUCCCCCAUCACUGUCCGUCCUCUCCCCGCUAAACAAACCAGAUCCUUCUGAAGUGGACGACGAGGCUCCGGUGACGUCUGACUCCAGCCCGGACUCAAAUUUGAUCCCCAGUCAUGACAUUUGCGUGGAUCCUGACUUGCUUAAUGGCAACGUGAACUCUGACGCUGUGCAAUCAAACACAAAACUAACCUGUGAGACCAACAGCACAAUUAUCACGAACUCGUGUAAAGUGAAGCAGAACCAGCCAAUGCAGAAGGACUUCAGCGGGCAGGAUGACCAUCAUGGUGACCACGCCACAGAUGAGGAGAAGUUGGCGAGCAGUGUCGGUGUCAAACCAGACAAGGACGAAAGCAUUCAAGACUGCAAUGUGACAUCAAAACCUGAAGACUCAGACUGCUGCUCUGUGCAGUAUGAGGAUCCAUGCAUGCUGAAGAAGAAGUCGGGAGGAAGUGAAAUGGAGAAAACAGGAAGUCAGGUCCUGGAUUCCAUCUGCAUCAGCGAGGCAGAAAAACAGGCCGUUCUCACCCUCAUUAGAGAGGAGAUCAUCACUAAAGAGUUGGAAGCCAAUGACUGGAAGAAAAAGUACGAGAGCAGCAAACAAGAAGUGGCUGAGAUGAGGAAGAUUGUUGCAGAAUAUGAAAAGACAAUCGCUCAGAUGAUCGAGGACGAGCAGCGCAACAACCAGAGUUCCCAGAAGGCUUUGCAUGCUGUGACGAUGGAGAAGGAAGCCGCCCUGGCAGAUCUGAACUCUGUGGAGCGCUCUCUCUCAGACGUUUUUCGGCGUUAUGAGAAUAUGAAGAGUACCCUGGAGGGCUUUAAGAAAAAUGAAGAGGUGCUGAAGAAGUGUGCUCAGGAGUAUCUGGCCAGAGUCAAACAGGAGGAGCAGAGAUACCAGACACUUAAACUCCAUGCUGAGGAGAAACUAGACAAAGCCAAUGAGGAGAUCGCUCAAGUGCGUACAAAGGCGAGCUCAGAGAACAUGGCGAUGACUGCCAGUUUGAGGAAGGAGCAGAUGAAGAAUGAGUCUCUGGAACAAGCUCUGCAGCAGAAGAAUCAAGAGAUCGAGGAACUCACCAAGAUCUGCGAUGAGCUGAUUGCCAAAAUGGGAAAAAUAGACUGAGAGACACUCCCUGUGAAUCAGCCACUACCGUCCCUCCGGUCCUGUGAUGCCCUGUGCAUGCCCCCAGCCAAGAAGCAGCUCUCAUGCCCUCUGCCAGCCCUGCAACAAAGAGACUGCUUAUGUACAGAUGUCUAAAGUAACUUUGUGUAUACUACAAUUGCACUACUUGUGAACAGAAUCAAGACGGUUCUGUACAUGCUAACUAUUGUUUGAGUUGGGAAUCUGUAUAAUGUAUGUGGUCACAUUGUUUUGUUUGCAUUUCUGCCCAUUAUAUGGCCAUAUGGGCCCCUUGUGCUUUCGUCCAUCAUGCCAGUGAACAACAACAACCUGCUUGUGACUCAACUUAAAUUCCCAGCAGCUUAACAGCUAAAUUCCCAGCAACCCCCAACAGGAUGACAUCAUGCAGGCUGGGGUUUGUUUUAGUUACAUUAAGGCAUAUAGUAUAUUUCAAUGGGCUUCGACAAGGAUCGUUUUAUAUUAAAGCAACAAUACAUAAAAUGUAUUUUUCUAUAAAGUAAAUAGGGAUUUUACUCUGAAAGAGCAAAGCUCAGGGGUAUUGUGUGGGGCCGAAUUAGGUCAGGGUUAAAGUCAAGCUGCACAAGAACUGAAGGAAAGGAUUUAGGAUCGUUUGAAGAAAUACAGUAGUCCUCAGAGGCCUUGGUUCAUUCAGGAGUGACAAGUCAGUAAGUAAUUCACAACAUUAGCUUUACCUGGGUAACACUACAACACAGAGAGUCAGUCACAGAGUAAUAUAAUAGCCUGACAAUCUUAGACUUUCCUGUGAUUAUAUAAACGUUGUGGCUUUGUUUUGUCUGAUCCAGAAAGUCAGUAAAGAGAGAAGUUUAUCCUAAAGUGUAAAGAGAGCAAAAUCUACUCCACUGCUGUACGUUCACUAUCUUGUGUUAAGAUACCUGAACAACUGGAACAAGUUCCAACAUAUUUUGGUUUUAGAUGUUUAAAACUAUUAUGAGAUUAGCAAGUGCUGCAGCAUGUCAACAAUGAGUUGUUGUUUUUUUUUUUUAAAACCAUCACUGUGUCACAGAUUAAGUUACCAGUAAAUCACAUUGACCUUUUUGGAAACUAAGUUUGACAGUUUUGUAAGUGGUUCUGUCUGUUGCUUACGUGUAACGAAGAUGUUAGUAUUUACAGCUCUGCACUAGUUAUUCAACAGAUGAAUCUGUUUUUUUGCAUGUUUAUUUUCACAGCUCCAUAUUUCUCAUUGUUUUCUUCACACACCAUAAAACUAGUCGGGUCCGGCAGUGUUUUAGUAAUGGUUCAGGAGGCUGUAACUAAGUAUCAGUGAGUAUCAGUGAAAAUAGUUCAGAACCGGUACCAAUAUGUAAUUAAUUAAGUAUUGGUUCUGAAUAAUAAAAACGUAUAAACAAUUUCUCUGCAACAUCAAUGUUUAUUGAAGGCUCAACAUAAAAUACUAUUUGGCUCAAUAUAAUACAGUAUUGUGAAUAUGGAGUCCAUAUUUCGUCAAAGAAACUGAAAUAAGAUCAGGACUUUUGGUUCUGUACAGUUUUCAAUACUCAUUAAGUCUUGAUGUCUGAUACUCUGUCUCUUUACCACCUCGUAAAGCCAGUUCUGACACAAACCCAUUUGCGUGCCACAGUUUAUAUUCGUGCCAUUCUGAUGUAAUUUCUUUAAUAAUAAUUAAUGUUUGUAUUUGUGAAUUAGAAUUGGCGAUCUCACACUUGUGUUGACACAUUGAGGACUUGAGUGUACAUUUGCCUGAAUAAACGUAAAUAUAAUUUGCUCUAA